AUGCAGUCUAUCGCGGACUGGCCGCCCGCGGCCGGCGCCCUGCAGCCCUCUCCCUUUCCACACGCCGUGCUGCACGGUCUACACAGCCUGGCCCGCCUAAUGCUCUUCCCGGCCUACUGGACCCUGGACCACCUGCUGGGCUACUGGGCGCCCCCGCCAGCCACGCGCUCGGGUGGCUGCGGACGGGCCCGCGCUGGGGCGGCGCUCCUGCUGCUGCUGCUCUGCCUGCCCUGGGCGUUGCUGGGUCUGCUGCUCUGGCUGCCUCUGCAGGUGUGGCGACGCCCUUUCUGCUACCAGCCCCCUCCACCUGGCUGGGUGCCGCCCGGGCCCUGGAACCCGAGUAUGGAGCCCACACGCAGUUUUGGCUUUCUCAGCGCCAACCUGUGCCUGCUGCCUGAUGGACUAGCGCGCUUCAGCAACUUGCCACACAGCCAGCGGCGAGCGCAGACCCUGGGCACUGUGCUGCUCGCAGGCCUGCGGGCCUCCCUCUACGGAGCCACAGACCGCAGGCCACAGCAAGCUGGAGGGCCACUCGGGGUGCUGGAGGCCUCGGUACCCGGGGGUCUGGAUUUUGUGUGUCUGCAGGAAGUGUUCGACCUGCGCAUUGGGAACCACCUUGUGCGCCGCCUGGCGCCCAACCUGGGCCCAGUGUUGUAUGAUGUGGGCAUGCUCGGUCUGCAGCCCGGGCCACACCUCAAACUGCUGGGCAGUGGGCUGCUGCUGGCCUCGCGCUUUCCUCUGCUGCGGGCUACCUUCCGCUCCUUCCCCAAUGGGCGCCGCGAGGAUGCGCUGGCCUCCAAAGGGCUGCUGUCAGCACAGGUGCAGCUGGGCUUUCUGAAUGGGCGACCCAUCGUAGGCUUCCUGCACUGCACGCACCUGCAUGCACCCAGUGAGGAUGGGCCAGUGCGCUGCGAGCAGCUGUCACUGCUGCUGGACUGGGUGGAGCAGUUCGAGGCUGACAGCCGCCAGGGUGAUGAGACUGUGGCCUUCAGUGUGCUCCUGGGAGAUCUGAACUUUGACAAUUGCUCUUUAGAGGACACACUUGAGCAGAAGCAUGAACUCUUCAGCCGCUUCCAGGACCCUUGCAGGCUGGGCCCUCGGCAAGAGCAGCCAUGGGCUCUAGGGACACUGCUGAGCUACCCCGUGCUCCACCACACAGAAGCCAGCUCCCCAGAGAUGCUGUGCAGAGCCCUACAAGGUGAGCAGGGCCGUCGCCUGUACCUUGCUGGUGCUCCAGGAAGCCCCUUGGCCGAGCCCUGGCGGGGCAGGCGCCUAGAUUACAUUUUGUACCGGGGAAUUCCUGAAAGCCCGCUGAGCCUGGAAGUGAACCAGGUGACCUUCAGCACUGCACUGGCGGGGCUCACAGACCACUUGGCCGUGGGCCUGCAUCUCCGAGUGGCGGCACCCUCCUGA